CACAGUCGCGUUUUGAGGAACCUCACGGCCACCCUUGUUUUUCUUAAUGUUUUUGGAAACUGACGAGCUGAAUUCGGGCGGAAGUCCUGGAUGGUGAUUGGGGAGGGGCACAAAAGCCUUCUCUGAAGAGCCGUGUACCCUUACCGAAGGAUGGCAGAAGCAGUAUUGAUUGAUCUUUUUGGCUUGAAAUUGAACUCUCAGAAAAACGAUCAUCGGACAUUACUGAAGACAUUGAAUGCUCUUGGGUACCGCCAUGCUGCCAAGUCCAAGUUCCUUUGCAUAAUGUGUUGCAGCAAUAUCGACUGUGAAAGGAACAGUGACCCGGAUAAUUAUGAAUUAGAAACGAGCAAUGGAUUAUCAGUUCUCUUGAGGGAAUUUGAGACUGUUAGCAAUCCCAGUAUGGCUGUGUCUUUGUAUACCAUUAAACAAAAAAUUGAUGAAAAAAAUCUGAGCAGCAUUAAGGUCAUUGUAUCGAUGCACCGGAAGACAUUAAUGAAGGCUUUCAUUGAUCAACUUUUCACUGAUGUUUACAAUUUUGAGUUUGAAGAUUUAGAGGUAACUUUGAAGGGAGGCCUUUUGAAACAGGCUUCUGAGGUAAACAUCAUCACAGCUCAAGAACUAGAAGCAAUACAGAAUGAAAUAGAAACAUAUUUGAGAAGUCUGCCAACACUGAAAGGAGAAUUAACCAUAAUCACAUCUCCUUUGAUUUCAGAUAUUUUCAUACAUGGGUUUACUACGAGAACAGGUGGAAUAUCUUACCUACCAACUCUCAGCUCUUUAAAUCUCUUCAGUAGUUCCAAACGGAGAGAUCCUAAGGUAGUCGUUCAAGAAAAUCUGCGUAGGUUGGGGUGUGCUGCAGGAUUUAAUGUGAAGAACUUUUACCGAAUAAAGACUGAUCAUGCCAAUGACGUCUGGGUUAUGGGAAGGAAGGAGCCUGAAUCUUAUGAUGGAAUCACCACAAAUCAGAGAGGCGUCACAAUAGCAGCUCUUGGUGCUGAUUGUAUACCAAUAGUUUUUGCAGAUCCUGUCAAAAAAGCAUGUGGGGUUGCUCAUUCUGGUUGGAGAGGUACUUUGUUAGGUGUUGCUAUGGCUACUGUGAAUGCUAUGAUAACAGAAUAUGGCUGUAGUUUGGAAGAUAUUAUUGUCGUACUGGGACCUUCAGUAGGACCUUGCUGUUUUACUCUUCCAAAAGAAUCAGCAAAGGCAUUUUAUAAUCUUGAUCCUGAAUGUGUGCGGCUGUUUGAUUCAUCAGAUCCCUAUGUUGACAUUCGUAAAGCCACCAGGAUUCUUCUAGAAAAGGGAGGAAUUCUACCACAGAAUAUUCAGGACCAGAAGCAAGAUCUCAACCUCUGUACAUCCUGCCAUCCUGACAAGUACUUCUCCCACGUCCGAGAUGGUCUUAAUUUCGGUACACAGAUUGGCUUCAUAUCAAUUAAAGAAUGAGGUACUUGAAUGAAUUUUUGCAUAACUAUUUCCUGCCUCCUUCCAAACUGACUACAAGAGAAAUUUAGUUGUUUGAUUUACUUACUACUGAAAGGAUAAUGUGGAGAAUUCAUGUUUAGGGUAAAUUUUCACUAGUAUUCAAAGCCAAGUAAUUUUCAUUUGAUCCUAACAAUAACUGACAAAAAAAUCAGUGUGAUGUGGCUUUUACAUUUUAUAUAGUUGAGGAUUAUUAUUAAAGUUUGUUGUAUUUGUUAUAUAAAUCAAGACUAGAUCUGUUCAGCUCAGUAUUUAUUGUGUACCCUCUGUUUAUAGUCAUUUUGUGAAGCUUGGGUGAAAUCAAAAUGAGUAAGACUUUUUCCCUUUGAGUGUAAUUCAGGGGAGGAGAUAAAUAAUUGUAACACUUAAAUUUAAAUUUAAUUGCAAUAGAAAAGUAAGGAAGAAUAAAUGAUUAAUACUAUCUAGAGGCAGGAUGUAUGGAGAAGACAUUACAGAGUAAAUGACAGAUCACGGAAGCCUGAAAGAUUUACAAGUUUUUGAGAAAUGUAAAACAGUCAUAACACAUUGAGGGAACACUAUGAACUAGAACAUGAAACCCAACGUUUAUAGCAUAUUCUAGAGAGAGCAGUGUGUGGACAGGAGUUUCUGGAAAAACAAGUUGGAAACAGAUUAUUUAGGGUAUCAAAUGCCACGUCAAACAGUUUGGAGUUUAUUUUCCAGGCAAAGAGUAGGCAUAAAAUGUAGGGGAGUGUUUUCAUGUCCUUGACAUCACAUUGAGAAAGGUUGAUAACUUUCCAAUUUUUUACUGUGCAUUAUUUUGUCUGUAGUUUACAAAUUUAUAGACUAUUAGUCAUAUUUUACUUUAUGUAUGAAAAUAUUCAAAACCCAAAUAAAAUUGUUUUGAUUAUUUGUGA